AGCGGAGUCUGUAAACGGCGAACUCACUGAUUUCCUACCCUCCACACAAACUACCGCACUGUAUAAAGCUUUACUACUCCGAGAGCGUAAAAAGCUUUCGGAGUUGUCACACGGCUGAAGGAGGGGGAACCGCGUGCGUUCAGAAAAGAGUCCCCGGGGCGGUGUGAAUGCGAAUAAAUUAGUAAAGCGAGGUCGUCUUUUGUUGAGGCAUUUGCCUCGUUUCUCCUCUGCAUGGACAUCGGCGCGCUCUGGAUAAAGUAUACGCUUGAUUGUUCAGCCCUCGGGUUCUUGGAUUUUGGCCCAGGCCGAAAAGUUCGGCAGGGUCAGUUUGAAGGGAACAGACGUGAAAUUGUGUUUUGAAGUUGUUUGCAGCAGCCCGAUUGGAACUUAGAUCAUCAUACUGGCGGCUCUUCUGAAACACUGGGGUUGUUGGUGUGGCCAAAUUUUCCCUGGAUUUGAUUGGUAAAUUCAGAAGACUGAAGCCCAGGCUCACAGUCUACCUUUCACGGAGGCCCAGCCGUGAGAGGACAGAAGAAGGCACGUGGCGUAUCAUGACUGCCGACAAAGAGAAGGAUAAAGAGAGAGAGCGUGACCGGGAUCGGGACAGAGACCGAGAGAAGAGGGACAAAACGCGCGAGAGUGAAAGCUCACGGCCCCGGCGAAGUUGCACGCUGGAGGGCGGGGGUAAGAACUAUGCAGAGAGUGAACACAGUGAGGAUGACGACAACGAGACGCCUGGGGCCGGCACCGCUGAGGAGGCCACAAAGAAAAGCAAAAAAAAGUUGCCCAAGAAGAAGUCGCGCUAUGAGCGAACAGAUACCGGCGAGAUCACUUCUUUUAUUACGGAGGAUGAAAUUGUUUACAGACCUGGCGAUUGUGUGUACAUAGAAAGCCGACGGCCGAACACGCCCUACUUCAUCUGUAGCGUUCAGGACUUUAAGCUGAGUAAACGUGACCAUCUGUUAAUGAAUGUGAAAUGGUACUACCGCCAGUCUGAGGUACCUGACUCUGUCUACCAACACCUGGUGCAGGACCGCAACAAUGAGAAUGACUCUGGUCGGGAGCUGGUUAUUACUGAUCCCGUGGUUAAGACCAGAGAGCUUUUCAUCUCAGACUAUGUGGACACCUAUCAUGCUGCUGCCCUCAGGGGGAAAUGCAACAUUUUACACUUCUCUGACAUAUUUGCUGCCAGGGAGUUCAAAGCACGAAUCGACUCUUUCUUCUACAUCUUAGGAUAUAACCCAGAAACGAGGCGAUUAAACAGUACACAAGGGGAGAUUCGUGUUGGUCCUAGUCACCAGGCCAAGCUACCAGAGCUCCAGCCCUUUCCCUCUCCUGGAGGUCCGAUGGUGACUGAAAAUGAGGAGCUGGUCUGGAUGCCUGGGGUCAACGACUGUGACCUGCUCAUGUACCUGCGGGCAGCCAGGAGCAUGGCAGCUUUUGCAGGGAUGUGCGAUGGGGGGUCAACAGAGGACGGCUGCCUCGCCGCCUCACGAGACGACACUACACUUAAUGCAUUAAACACUCUUCAUGAGAGUAGCUAUGAUGCCGGGAAAGCCUUGCAGCGGCUGGUGAAGAAACCAGUGCCCAAGCUGAUUGAAAAGUGCUGGUCUGAGGAUGAAGUGAAACGGUUCAUUAAAGGUUUAAGGCAGUACGGGAAGAACUUUUUCAGGAUUCGGAAAGAAUUGCUCCCUAGCAAGGAAACGGGGGAGUUGAUCACCUUUUACUAUUAUUGGAAGAAAACCCCAGAGGCUGCUAGUUGCAGAGCCCACCGCAGGCACCGCAGACAACCCGUCUUCCGCCGGAUCAAGACCCGCACCGCCUCCACGCCAGUCACCACUCCCUCCCGCCCACCUUCCAGCGAGUUUUUGGACUUGAGUUCAGCCAGCGAAGAUGAUUUUGACAGUGAAGACAGCGAGCAGGAACUGAAGGGCUACGCCUGCCGCCACUGUUUUACUACAACCUCCAAGGACUGGCAUCACGGGGGUCGUGAGAAUAUCCUGUUGUGCACUGACUGCAGGAUUCAUUUUAAGAAGUACGGUGAGCUACCCCCAAUUGAGAAGCCUUUGGACCCACCACCGUUUAUGUUUAAACCUGUCAAAGAGGAAGACGAUGGAAUCAGUGGGAAGCAUAGCAUGAGGACUCGACGAAACCGUGGCUCAAUGUCAACGCUACGAAGUGGCCGCAAGAAGCAAACUGCCAGCCCAGAUGGCAGAGCCUCACCAACCAAUGAGGAUCUGCGCUCAAGUGGGCGGACCUCACCAAGUGCAGCCAGCACCUCCAGCACUGACAGCAAGACUGACUCAAUGAAGAAACCCAGCAAGAAGAUAAAGGAAGAGGCGCAAUCGCCUAUGAAGAGUGCCAAACGUCAGAGAGAGAAAGGAGCAUCUGACACAGAGGAGUCCGAGAGGACAAGUGUAAAGAAGUCUAAAACACAGGAGCUGAGUCGGCCGGACUCACCCUCGGAGUGCGAGGGAGAGGGUGAGGGGGAGAGCUCAGAUGGUCGCAGCGUCAAUGACGAGGGCAGCAGUGAUCCUAAGGACAUUGACCAGGACAACCGCAGCUCCUCUCCCAGCAUACCCAGUCCAUGUGACAACGAAAGCGAUUCCGAUUCCUCCGCACAGCAGCAGGUCCUCCAGGGCCAGCACCCUCCAGUCAUCCAGUGCCAGGCAGGGGCUCUACCCCUGGCCCCUCCCACCUUGGCUUCAGCCUCCACAACCCCCACAUCAGGCACCCCUUCACUGCCCUCCCAGUCAUCCCCUUCCGUCCCCCCUACCUCCAUGCCACCUCAGCAAAUACCUUCAGCAGGUCCGCUUUCUCUCAUCCAGUCUGGGGCACAGAGGCUGCCCUCACCACACUCUCCCCUCCAGGGUAUGCCUCAGCCCCCACCACCCUGUCAAACCGGCCCUCAGUGCCUGCAGCCUCCACUACAUGGCCCCAUGCUGCCCAUGGGCCUCCCUUUGCAGGCAGGGCCAUCACACAUGCCUCACCCUCACACAUUACCACCUCAGUCUUUCCCAAUGGGUCAGUCUCAGGUCCCACCUUCACCUCUCUUGGGUCAGGCACAGGCCUCUGCCCUCUUGCAACAACAGCAGCGACCUCACACCCCUCCUUCCCAGUCUCAGUCCUCUUUGCAAAGUGGCAGCCAGGCUCACAGAGAGCAGCCUUUACAGCCCGCACCAUUGCCGAUGCCCCACAUCAAACCACCUCCUACCACCCCUAUCCCACAAAUGCCAAACCCUCAAUCACACAAGCAUUCUACCCACCCCCCAUUCCCUCAGAUGCCUUCAAACUUGCCGCCGCCACCAGCCUUGAAGCCCCUAAGCUCUCUAUCCACACAUCAUCCUCCCUCCGCCCAUCCGCCUCCACUGCAACUCAUGUCGCAAAGCCAGCAGCUACAACCUCCACCAGUGCAACCUCCAGUGCUCACCCAGUCUCAAAACCUGCCAGCUACAGGAAGCCAAGCGCCCCCUCCGGCUCCCCCUCUUCCUUCAUCAUCUUCUGCCUCUCACUCUACGCCUUCUCAACCCCCCUUCCCUCUUCACCCCUUCGUCUCUGGCAGCUCACCUGUCCUGUCACCCUCCACUGUCCCCUCUUCUGUGGUGGGCUCCAUGGCCACGCUGCAGCAACAGCCGUCAUCCUUAAUAUCCAUGCCCUUGCCUGCAUCAGUCAGCGCGCCUUGCCCGGGACCCUCCACUGUGCCACCUGUCCAGAUUAAAGAAGAGCCUCUGGAUGAGGCAGAGGAGCCAGAGAGUCCUCCACCUCCUCAGAGAAGUCCUUCACCUCCACCCACAAUUGUCAACACUCCCAGUCACGCCAGCCAGUCAGCACGGUUUUACAAGCAUCUGGACAGAGGUUACAACACGUGUGCCAGAACAGACUUCUAUUUCACACCUCUGGCCUCAUCGAAACUGGCAAAGAAACGGGAGGAGGUGCUGGAGAAAGCCAAGAGAGAGGCAGAGCAGAAAGCACGAGAAGAGAAGGAGAGGGAACGAGAGAAGGAAAGAGAGAGGGAACGGGAGAGAGAGGAGGCGGCAGAGAGAUCUGCUAAAGCAUCCAGUUCUUCUCAUGAAGGUCGCAUGGUUGAACAUCAAAUGGCUGGAUCUGCUCACAUGCGAGCAUCCUUCGACCCACCUCCCACCACCAUCGCCACUGUGCCCCCAUACAUUGGCCCUGACACACCUGCCCUGCGCACGCUCAGCCAUUACGCCCGGCCCCACGUCAUGUCUCCCACCAACCGCAACCAUCCUUUCUUUGUCUCGCUCAACCCCGCAGACCCUCUUCUGGCCUACCACAUGCCCGGGCUGUACAACGCAGGGCAUGCGCGUGAGCUGCGGGAGCGAGAGAUCCGGGAGAGGGAGAUCCGUGAGAGGGAGCUGAGAAUGGAGAGGAUGAAGCCAGGCUUUGAGGUCAAACCUCCAGAAUUGGACAGUAUGCAUCCUUCCGCCAACCCCAUGGAGCACUUUGCCAGACAUGGGCCCAUUGGUCUCCAGCACAUGGCUGGCCCUCAUCCGUUUGCCUCCUUCCACCCGGGUCUGAACCCAUUGGAGCGGGAGCGGCUGGCAUUGGCCGGCCCGCAGCUACGGCCUGAGAUGACUUACCCUGAGAGACUGGCGGAGAGGCUACAUGCCGAGAGAAUGGCCUCAGUGGCUAAUGACCAGAUAGCACGGCUGCAGAUGUUCAACGUGACGCCUCACCACCAUCAGCACUCACACAUCCAUUCACACCUCCACCUGCACCAGCAGGACCCGCUGCACCAAGGUUCUGGGGCACAUCCGCUUGUAGACCCAUUGGCUGGUGGACCACACCUAGCCCGGUUCCCCUACCCACCUGGAGCCAUCCCCAAUCCCCUGCUCGGACAGCCCCCACAUGAACACGAGAUGCUCCGGCACCCUGUAUUCGGUGCUCCAUAUCCCAGAGAUCUGCCAGGGGGGCUUCCACCACCCAUGUCAGCAGCACACCAGCUGCAGGCCAUGCAUGCACAGUCUGCAGAGUUACAGAGAUUGGCCAUGGAGCAACAGUGGCUACAUGGUCACCAUCACAUGCAUGGGGGCCCUCUGCCAGGACAGGAAGACUAUUACAGUCGGUUGAAGAAAGAGAGUGACAAGCAGCUGUGAGAAGCCAGGAGCUCCCAGAGAUCAGCAGGACACAGGAGAGCAUAGCAGAAGAGUCACACACAGGAACUUGCGUGUCCUUGGAACAUUUUAUGUUUGACAAACUGACAAGGAUAGUCUGAGGAACCUUUUUUUCUGUUGUCAGCUGUUGUGAACUAUAAUGAACUUAUCUUUUUUAAGACAUUGACUUUUCUUUGGGGUUAUACAGUAUAUCGUUCAAGUAGUGACAGCGUCCUCAAGACUGAUUGUGACUUUCCUGCAUGAACUCCUCUGAGAAGCUUUCCUGACGUUUUUGUAGGUGCUAGAAUACCAGAUACUUUGUCACUGUGCUAAUUGGGGGAAAAAGGAACAGAACAGUCAGGCCAUUAUAUCUGAAAAGUGCUAUCUAAAUUCAAUGUUUAUUUUAAUACAUUGUAGGAGGUUUUCGUAAUGUUAAGAAAAGCUGCAGCAUGGCUUUUUUCAGUCUGUAAAUAGUAUAUAUAUAUAUAUAUAUAUAUAUAUAUAUAUAUAUAUAUAUAUAUAUACACACGCAUAUAA